CUCCUGCCGGUUGACUCGCAUUUACGAUUUAUACUAAUAACUGUACGUACUUCUCGUCCUGACGUUUUCCUUCUCAUCUCCGUUUUGAUACUCUUACCUGUAAUCUAUAGUUGUUUGUCAUUUAAUUCAUCCUUACGAAACUCUUGACCGCUGUCCACCUAGAAGGUGACUGUUUCACACGCCCAUAACCCUGCUCGUUCAGGCAACGACGGAAUUGGUCACGACUCACGUUCAAUCCCACGAUUUCAAUUGCCUUAUACGUUCACCCCUACCUUUCACAGCUACUUUACUCAGAUAUACGCCUACUUUGACGGCUCAAGGAAACAUUUCAUAACUACGCCAACUUAUCACCGCAUUAUAUGACACCAUGACCUCAUUUUCCAUACCACUGCCACCUCAACACACCUCAUCUGUUGCGCCACUCUCAGAUAGUUCAUUUGCACCUCGCACUCCCCCCCGGUUCACCAGGCAUCGCUCCGAUACAAUGCUUAGCACCUCGUCCUCCACCUCAUCAUCCAUCUUACAGACUCCAGAAACGCCGUCAAUUCUGGAAACUUUGUCCACAGGCUUGGGUUUGGGCAUUCCCGCUGGGCAAUCUAACCCAUUAGUGCAGUCACCUAACGAAUUGAGGAUAAGAAGAAGAGCGAGCAGUUAUGAGUUCGGUGCGUUAUGGGAAGGGUCACCAGAUGACCAUCCAGUGGGAAAGCCUGGUCCUUCUUCGACGUUUUCAGUCGCAGGUACAGGGUGGAGACUGUGUGACAGUCCUGAGCAGCAUGGUAGAGAUGAUUACUUUCCGCCAGCUGCUAGUAUAGCUCCAGCAAACGUGAUGACCUAUCAACCGAGUCCAUUACACCAACAAACACAGUCAGAGGCUCCUCGAGUCGCUGACCCUGGCUUAACAACCACCAAUCCCACCCGUCCCGUGACGGCAAGACGAGUGUCUUUAAAACUCAAAGACGCAAUUCGGCUCAAACUGGGAAGAUCCAAAUCAUCCUUCAAGGUCCUCAGUCGAAAGACUCAGCGUGAGGGCGGCGAACUUUCUCAUGACCAAGCAUCCCAGUCGCCAUCUGUAACCAGUAGUGACCCGUCCACUAGAUCUCGCCGACAACGCUUGAAAUCUCUCAUCUCGUUCUCUCAAUCGAGCAACUUUUCUUCACAAUCGGUAUGUUCUGACACUCCAUCCUCUGAUUUGGCAUUUUCUUCAGGCGGCUCGCAAGGAAUCGCCUUGAGUGCACCUUUGAAUGCCGAUGAACGAUCGCAUUCAUUCAUUAUACCGACUACAGUUGAUUUCAGUGUAGAAAAGGCGAUUGUUGAAGCAUGCAAUGAGGAAAUUGGUCAAGUUGAAGAAAAAGUGGAUAGGAAAGGUAAAGGCCGAGCAGUACAUUCGCCACAUCCCUCACGAAUCCAAUCCCAAACAAUCGAUCCUCAUAGUACGUUUUACGAUCUCUCGACCCCUCUUUUAACCCAGGAACUGUCUUCUCCUCCCGAUAUGUGUCCCACUGAGGAGGCUGAGGAAGCGAAGCACCUUAGUUUUGAAGAAAGUCUUCCGAAAGAGCUCAAGCUUCUGGUGAUGAAGAAGCUGAUGGAGAGUUUUGCGGAUGAAAGCUUUGGUAGGUUCACGGGUGAGUUGCUGGGAAGGAUGGAAUUGAUAAAGAUGAGUACUGUUUCCAAAUCAUGGGAGGCAUUAUGUUUUGAUGGUCAGCUGUGGCCAGCUAUCAAUUUAGCUGCUAUUGCCCAUCUCCUUCCCAUCUCCAUCCUUCAUCGUAUACUUAAGCACUCUGCGUCUUUUAUUACCGACUUUUCUCUCCGAGGGAUGGACGCAGUCGGCGGCAAAAUGCUUAUCAAAGCUUUAGUAGGCGAGAAUGUUGAUAUCAAGCUGUAUGACCAUAUCGAUCUGACUCCACGACUCAAUAUCCAACGACUUGAUUUGAGCGGGUGCAAGACUUUGACCGAAAAUGAUUUAUGUUGGAUCAUUUCUUGCUGCCCCAACUUGCGCUCUCUGAAUCUCAGAGGGUUAUCCGCUGUGGGCCCCAAAUCGAUAGGCUUCAUCUGGAAAAUCGAAACGCUUGAAGAGAUCGAUGUGUCAUAUUGCAGAGCGCUUGAACUACCUUUUCUUUUAAGCUAUAUCAAACGCAUUUCAGAGGUGCAAGCGAAGAACUUGCGGUCUAUCAGAGCGGCCGGUCUUUUCUUCCGGAGCAACAUGCUGUUAUUGUCUAUCAUCAGACGUUGUCAUAACUUGGAGAGACUUGAUCUCCAAGGGUGCCACGGCUUAACCGACGACAUGUUUGAAAAUUUCCACAAUUACUGCAUCGAGGACGACAAGUGCCUGACAAGUCUCACCCAUCUCAAUGUCUCAAACACCCCACUUACCCCUGCCAUCUUCACUUAUCUCAACGGCCAUCUCCCUAACCUGACCCAUCUUGAAAUGGCCAACCUCUCGGGUGCAGACAACCCGGACGACGAUGACGACGGGUAUGAACUGUCAAAGAUGUUGAAGAGUAUGCCCAAGCUACGAAAGGUGGAUUUGGAAGACACCGCCGGUUUGUCAGGGGUGAGUGAUAUGGUGCUCGAGGCGCUGACGCCGAUGGAUGGGGAUGUGGGGACGACGGGGUGUGAGCUGGAGGAGUUGAAGAUUGGGUAUGCGAGAGUAUCAUCAGGGGCGAUCGUGGACCUUAUCAAAGGCUGCAAGAAGCUCAGAGUAUUGGAACUUGAUAAUACGGAAGCAAACAAUACAGUCAUGCGCGAAUUUCUCCGCCGUUCGCAUCCUUGUUCCCGGCUAUCCAUCAUCGACUGCCAUAACGUCACAUCGGCUGCUUACACUGAGAUUGCAGCUUCCACCAGGGCUCGUCAGGGGUGGGAAGGAUGGCCAGCUGUGCCGUUUGGUUAUGAUAAAGAUGUGGAGAUGGCUGAGAAGGCGGUGUUGAAGACGUUUUGGGGUUGGAAGAGGGUGGUAGUCCCGAAAGGGUGGGUGGAAAUGAGGAACGAGGCGGAGACGAUGGAGAGCCGAAAGAGAGCGCGACGCGAGCAAGCGCAAGACGCUUGUAGCUCAACAGAAGGGGAAAGUUCAGAUGGUUCAAAAUGGAAGGGGAAAGGGAAAGCCAAGGAUGAUGUUGAUGGCGAUUCGGGGAGAACCAGGCCGAGAAUGAGGAGUAAUGGUUCGAUCAGCCGUGAACCUGUGGGGUGCAUCAUUGCAUGAUGACUCUUAACGUCGGGUAUAGGUAUCAUUAGUUUCAACCGCUUUAAAUGGUUGGAGUUUCAAAUGCCUAGUGAUUUUUGUAUGCCCAUACGGAUAUGUUUUGUUGUUUACAUUUUUGAGUGCAGUUAACAUGUAAUAAUUGA